AUGGCCACGGCUUUCUCUCCCACCAAGCUCACUGCCACCGUCCCUCUCCAUGGAUCUCAAGAGAAUCGUCUCUUGCUUCCGAUCCGAUUGGCUUCUCCUUCUUCUUUCCUCGGAUCCACCCGUUCUCUCACCAUUAAUUCCUCUCGCAGACUGAAUCACGCUGCUAAUGCCGCUCGUCGAUCUCCCAUCGUCGGCGUCCAGGAGAUUGUCAAGGAGAAGAAAGCCACCAAUAGCCUGUUGAUAACCAAAGAGGAAGGAUUGGAGUUGUAUGAAGACAUGAUUCUCGGUAGAUCUUUCGAGGACAUGUGUGCUCAAAUGUACUACAGAGGCAAGAUGUUUGGUUUUGUUCACCUGUACAACGGGCAAGAAGCUGUAUCAACCGGAUUUAUCAAGCUCCUUACCAAGACGGACUCAGUGGUCAGCACGUACCGUGACCAUGUCCACGCGCUCAGCAAAGGCGUCUCUGCUCGUGCCGUCAUGAGCGAGCUCUUCGGGAAGGUCACGGGAUGCUGCAGAGGUCAGGGUGGAUCGAUGCACAUGUUCUCUAAAGAGCACAACAUGCUUGGUGGGUUUGCUUUCAUCGGCGAAGGGAUCCCUGUGGCCACCGGUGCUGCGUUUACCUCAAAGUACAAGAGGGAAGUCUUGAAACAGAACUGCGAGGACGUCACUGUGGCGUUUUUCGGAGACGGGACUUGUAACAACGGACAGUUCUACGAGUGCCUGAACAUGGCCGCGCUGUAUAAGCUGCCUAUCAUCUUUGUUGUUGAGAAUAACCUGUGGGCGAUCGGGAUGUCUCACCUGAGAUCGACUUCUGACCCCGAGAUAUGGAAGAAAGGUCCUGCGUUUGGGAUGCCUGGUGUUCAUGUUGACGGUAUGGAUGUGUUGAAAGUGAGACAAGUCGCUAAAGAGGCAGUCACAAGAGCUAGAAGAGGAGAAGGACCAACCUUGGUGGAAUGUGAGACUUACAGAUUCAGAGGACACUCUUUGGCUGAUCCCGACGAGCUCCGUGAUGCUGCUGAGAAAGCCAAAUACGCGGCUAGGGAUCCGAUCACGGCAUUGAAGAAGUAUCUGGUGGAGAACAAGCUAGCGAAUGAAGGGGAGCUAAAGUCGAUAGAGAAGAAGAUAGACGAGUUGGUGGAGGAAGCGGUUGAGUUUGCAGACGCGAGUCCACAGCCUGGUCGCAGUCAGUUGCUAGAGAAUGUGUUUGCUGAUCCUAAAGGUUUUGGGAUUGGACCUGAUGGACGCUACAGAUGUGAGGAUCCCAAGUUUACUGAAGGCACAGCUCAAGUCUGA